AUGGAGGGAAUAGAGCACAGGACAGUGGAAGUGAACGGCAUCAAAAUGCACAUUGCAGAGAAAGGACAAGGCCCUGUGGUGCUAUUCCUCCACGGCUUCCCUGAGCUCUGGUACUCUUGGCGCCACCAGAUCUUGACUCUCAGCUCCCGCGGAUACCACGCAGUGGCUCCCGAUCUCAGAGGCUACGGUGACACCGAUUCCCCUAUUUCAAUAACAACCUAUACAUGUUUUCACAUAGUGGGUGACAUCGUUGCACUCAUAGACCAUUUGGGUGCCAAACAAGUCUUCCUUGUAGCUCAUGAUUGGGGAUCCAUCAUCGGUUGGUACCUCUGCAUGUUUCGCCCUGAAAGAGUGAAAGCCUAUGCCCCUUCAUCCGAAUAA